AUGAACAAAGAUAAACAACAACAAUCACUUCCCCCCAAUCAUCCUGAUGUGGUUACUUCCUACAAAAAUAUUGGUAAUGAACAUUACAACACAGGUGAUUAUCCGAAAGCAUUUACAUCUUAUGAAAAAGUCCUUGAAAUACAACAACAAUUAUUAUCUCCCGAUCAUCCUGAUUUGGCUAUUUCCUACAGCAACAUUGGCACUGUGUAUAUCAAGAUGGGUAAUUAUCCAAAAGCACUUUCAUCUUAUGAAAAAGCCUUUGAAAUUCAACAACAAGCACUUCCAUCCAAUCAUCCUUAUUUAGCUACUUCCUGCAACAAUAUUGGUGAAGUGCAUAGAAACCUAGGUAAUUAUCCACAAGCACUUACAUUUCACGAAAAAGCUCUUGAAAUUCAACAACAAUCACUUCCUCCGAAUCAUCCUUAUUUGGCUCAGUCCUACAACAACAUUGGUUUAGUACAUCACAAGAUGGGUAAUUAUUUAGAAGCACUUUCUUAUUAUGAGAAAACUCUUGAAAUUCAACAACAAUCACUUUCUGACAAUCAUCCUGAUUUAGCUAUGUCCUACAUCUCUAUUGGUUUAGUGUAUAAAAACAUAGGUAAUUAUCCAGAAGCACUUUCUUAUUAUGAAAAAACUCUUGAAAUUCAACAACUAUUACUUCCUCCCGAUCAUCCUGAUUUAGCUACUUCCUACAAUAACAUUGGUAAUGUGCAUACUAAAACGGGUAAUUAUCUGAAAGCACUUUUAUAUCUCGAAAAAACUCUUGAAAUUCAACAACUGUUACUUCCUCACAAUCAUCCUGAUUUGGCGUCUUGCUACAUCUCCAUUGGUGUAGCGCAUUCCAGUACGGGCGAUUAUCCGAAAGCAUUUUCUUAUUAUGAAAAAGCUCUCGAGAUUCAACAACAAUCACUUCCUCUCAAUCAUCCUGAUUUGACUAUGUCCUACGGUAAUAUUGGUAAUGUGCAUACUAAAAUGCGUAAUUACUCAAAAGCACUUUCAUCUUAUGAAAAAGUCCUUAAAAUUCAACAACAAUCACUUCCUUCCAAUCAUCCUCAUUUAGCUAUUUCCUACAAUAAUAUUGGUAUUGUGCAUUACCGUAUGGGUGAUUACUCAAAAGCCCGUACAAGUAUUGAACAUGCUAUACAAAUUGGACAACAAUCAUUACCUUCGAAUCACCCAGAUCUUCAACAGUGGAGAAAUAACCUUGAACGUGUAAAAAAUAAAUCAUAA